CCGCCCGCCCGGGCGGCUCCGCGGGAGCGCAGGGGCGUUUAUCUCGCCCGGGAUCAGCCAAUAUUUGUGGCCACGUCAGGAGAACGAGCCCAUCCUCGCUCCCUGCUCCGGCCCCGCCGCCGUCCCGUCCCGGUUCUCGAACGCGACCGCUGGGACACCCCGCGCCGCCGCCUCCCGCCAGCGGAGAUGACGGUCCCGGUGGUUCUGCUGCUCCUGAGCCUCCUGCGGACGGCGGCUGCCAGGGGCGAGCGGUGCCCGGCCUGCGGGGUGGCCGCGCUGGCCCCCGGCACGCAGCGGGAUGCGCUCCUGGCACUGGCCAAGCAGAGCAUCCUGGCCAAGCUGCGCUUGCCGGCCCGGCCCGGAGCCCCCCAACCCCCGGCCCGGGGGGCUCUGCUGGCCGCGCUCCGCAGGCUGCGGGGGCAGCGCUCGGACAUGGCCGCGCUCCCCGGGAUGCUCCGGGACGGCCCCGUCCCCCACUCGCGUCCCGGGCCGGGGCUGCAGGAGUACGAGAUCCUGAGCUUUGCCGAGUCAGGAUCCUCCACCUCCCGCGGAGUCCACCUGCAUUUCCGCUUCUCGCAGGAGCUGGCCAGGAGCACGGAGAUCCUGCAGGCCACCCUCUACCUGUUCUGGGCAGCCCCCAGCCCCGGGGCACAGCCUGUCACCGUCAGGCUGCUGCGGCCGGACCCGGCGGGGACAAACACGACGGUGGCCGUCGAGACACGGCUGGAGGUGCCGACACCCGGCUGGGCCUCGCUGGACGUGGGACCCGCCGUGAGGAGCCUCUCCGGACGGGAGAGCCCGCGGCUCACGGUGGAGCUGGAGCUGCCAGGGGACGGGGGGUCGCCCCUCCUGGCUGACCACAGGGAUUCCCACCGGCCGUUCGUGGUGGCCCAAGCCCGGGCCAGGACGCCCCACCGCGUCCACCGGCGCGGCAUCGACUGCGGCGCGGACUCGCGGAUGUGCUGCCGCCAGGAAUUCUUCGUGGACUUCAAGGAGAUCGGCUGGGAGGACUGGAUCAUCCAGCCCGAGGGGUACCACAUGAACUACUGCGCGGGGCUGUGCCCGCUGCACGUGGCCGGGAUCCCCGGCCUGGCCUCCUCCUUCCACACCGCCGUCCUCAACCGCAUCAAGGCCGCCAGCGCGGCGGCCGCCGUGGACUCCUGCUGCGUGCCCACCCAGCGCCGGCCCCUCUCCCUGCUCUACUACGACCGCGACAGCAACAUCGUCAAGACCGACAUCCCCGACAUGAUCGUGGACUCCUGCGGCUGCACCUGAGCAGGGCAGGGUGGGGACCCGCGGGCAGGG